GCGUUUGCAGGCAGCGGGGAGCAGCGAGUGUGCGGCUGCAAAGGAGCCGUGCGAGGGAAGGAUGAAGGUCUCUCCCCGCUGCCUCCAGAUCGGGCGCUGAGGGCGAGCGUGGGGGCAGCGUGGCAGGGGGUGGCCUGCUGUCCCUGUGCCCCCACCCCCAAAGGGACAAGGACGGACCCCCCAGCUUUGGCAGGUCCAACGCAACCCCGGCCCUUUGUCUGCCGGCGGGGGCUCUGCCCGAGCCAGAUGUGCGGACAGCUGUGGCAGGGAGCAGGCAGGCGGAUGACAGCGACGCUGGGAGAUGGGAGGAGAGUCCAAGGGAAUGGCCUUGAGGAGGAACCUGAAAGAUGCAGCCGAGUGCAAAAAUGAAUCAUUUGGGGAGGAAGAAAAGGCGAAGCUCUGACUGAAGGCACCAGCCGUGGUCGCGGGUGUUAUGUGCUCUCGGUGGAGGGGGCCAGGCAGGGCAGCCGGCAGCAGGGGCUGAUCGGUGCCAGGGGCUCGCAUGGAGCAUCUUCUGUUGUGGAUGCUGUCCCCACCCGGCUGUCGCCCCAUACCCCGCUCUGGAUGCGCCCUGUGAGCCUUUCCUGCCUGGGAGGAAGCCGGUCCCACCAGCCAAAAAUGAGACGCUUCCAAACCAGCUCGCUUCUGCUCUGCGUGGUGGCUGCCACCGCCAUCCCCAUCGUGCCCUGGAAGGUCAAAUGCCCGCCGCAGUGCGUCUGCCAGAUCAGGCCAUGGUACACCCCCCGCUCGGUGUACCGGGAGGCUGCCACAGUGGACUGCAAUGACUUGUUCAUCUCUGCUGUGCCAGAAGACCUGCCAGAGGGGACCCAGACCCUGCUUUUGCAGAGCAACAAUAUCACCAGGCUUGAGCAGAGUGAGCUGGACUAUCUCAGAAACCUCUCGGAGCUGGACCUGUCGCAGAACAGCUUCUCCGAUGUCUGGGACUUUGGCCUGAAGAGCAUGCCCCAGCUGCUCAGCCUGCACCUGGAGGAGAACCAGCUGGCCGAGCUGCCUGAUGGCAGCUUUCCUGGACUGGGCAAUCUGCAGGAGCUCUACCUGAACCACAACCAGCUCCGCAGGAUCGCUCCCCGCGCCUUCUCUGGCCUCAGCAGCCUGCUGCGCCUCCACCUCAAUUCCAACCUGCUGAGGACGGUUGACAGUCGCUGGUUCCAGAUGCUCCCCAGCCUGGAGAUCCUCAUGAUCGGAGGCAACAGGGUGGAUGCGAUCUUGGAUAUGAAUUUCAGGCCCCUGUCAAACCUGCGGAGCUUGGUUUUGGCUGGGAUGAACUUGAGGGAGAUCUCAGACUAUGCUCUGGAAGGGCUGCGGAACCUGGAGAGCCUCUCUUUCUAUGACAACAAGCUUGUGAAUGUCCCCAAGCGGGCGCUGCAGCAAGUUCCUGGCCUCAAGUUCCUGGAUCUGAACAAAAACCCAUUGCAGAGGGUCAAGCAAAGCGACUUCACGAACAUGCUGCACCUCAAAGAGCUAGGGCUCAACAACAUGGAGGAGCUGGUGUCCAUAGACCAGUUUGCCUUGAUCAACCUCCCCGAGCUGACCAAGCUAGACGUGACCAACAACCCCAAGCUGUCCUUUAUCCACCCCAACGCGUUCCACCACCUUCCCCAACUGGAAACCCUCAUGCUCAACAACAACGCCCUAAGUGCCUUGCAUAAGCAGACGGUUGAGUCCCUGCCCAACCUACAGGAAAUCAGCAUCCACAGCAACCCCAUCCGCUGUGACUGCGUCAUCCGCUGGGUCAACAGCACGGAAAACCACAUCCGCUUCAUUGAACCCCAGUCCACGCUGUGCGCCGAGCCCCCCGACCUCAAGAGGAGGCACAUUCGGGAUGUCCCUUUUCGGGAGAUGACAGACCGGUGCCUGCCUCUCAUCUCCACCAAGAGCUUCCCCUCCCACUUAGAGGUGGCAGAUGGUGACAAUGUCUCCUUGCAUUGCCGAGCUCUGGCAGAGCCGGACCCGGAGAUCUACUGGGUCACCCCUUCGGGGAUGAAGCUGAUCCCCUAUGCGGAAGAUGGGCGGUACAAGGUGCACCCUGAAGGGACGCUGGAGAUUCAUGGUAUCUCAGCUCAGGAGGCCGGGCUGUAUACCUGCGUGGCUCACAACCUCCUCGGGGCAGACACUAAGAGUGUCAGCGUGAUGGUCAACCACUCCUUCCCACUCAGCGAGGACAGCUUGGAGCUGGUGGUGGCGGAUGUUCACACCUACCACAUCCUGGUUGCCUGGAAGCCGCAUCUCAACACCAUCUCUUCCAACCUCACCUGGUCCAGCUUCUUGCUUAGCUCCAACUUGGACAUGACCAAUGUGGCCCGGAUCCCCAUGGGGACCCACACAUACAACAUCACCCGGCUCCACCAGGACACAGAGUACUGGGCUUGCCUCCACGUGGCCUUUGUAGACUUGCAGGCCAAGGUGGCUUGCGUGAACGCCAGGACUAAAGAGGCUGCCCACCACUACUGGGUCCUGGAGAGCAGGCAGAGCCUCCUGACGGUGCUGGUCCUCUGCGUCCUGCUCCUGGCCGCCAGCCUUGUAGCUCGCUAUGGCGUUGGGGCAGAGCCCAGGAGGGCUGGGGAGCUGCUCUGGGGUGCCACAGCUGUGCGUGUGGUCUAUCCCCCCCUCACCCAGCCCUGGGCUCGGGGGCAGAGUGGGGGGCAGCUUCUGGCUGUGGAGGUGCAAGCAGCCCCCCUGGACUGCUGAAGGCUGAUGUGCUGGUGGGGCUGACUGUGGGGUGGGGUGGUUUGGGGUGGGGAGGGAGAACCUAUUUUUUACCAAAAAAAUAACUACAAAACUGAACAAAAAAAAAAAAAAAAGGGAAUUUCAUGGACUUGACCAAGAGUCGAAGCAGUGUGGCAGAUGGAGAGGAGCAGAGCAGGCCAUGGGGCUUGCAGAGCCUCUUCGUGGUCCUGGCAGGGUCUGGAUCCAUGUGUAGGGUCUGGAUCUGUGCAUGGCUCCCGAAAGCACCCGCUGGGCAGCCAGGAGGGCUCAGAGGGGCCCGAGCCCGAGGGGGACAAUGCCCUGAGUGGUCGAAGAGCCAUACAGAUGAUCAGCAGAUCACCCCUUCUCCAUGUCCCCCUGGCACCAUGAGACGCCCCAGCGGUGUCAGCUCCUUCGCUGGACAGUCCCUGUUUUGGAAAUACAAAAAAAGGCCUUUCCCUUUGGGAUACAUGUUCUUUCUUUUUGUUUCUUUUUGUUGGUUUUGGGGUUGGUUUUUUUUUUUUUUUGAGCACUCAGAUAAUCAGCCACAAACCCACCCCCAGAGCCUUCCCGCUGCCCUGUCGUUUGCUCGCUGCUGUCGGCCGGAGGGAAGCAGAGGGGAAAGGAGGAGACUUUGGGCAAAAGGAACAGAAAUGACAAUGGUGACACAUCUCUUAAUUAGCAUCCCUGUGGGGCUGGCUGGCUUCUGCCAGAGUUGAUUGGAUCCUGUAUCCUGCAAGCAUAAUCUCAAGGCUCUUUUGUAAACUUUUGUGGAUAAUGUUGAAAAAGAGGGAAAGAAAAAAAAAAGAGAGGAAAAAUGGGAAGAAAAGGGGGGAUGAGUUCUUGCUUUUCUGUUUUUGUAUAAAAAAAAAAGAAAAAAAAAGAAACCCUUUGUAUAGUGGUGUGCAGCUGGAGGGCUUCAUGGCAGGACCCCCUUGGUUCAGGUGCUGGGGGCUCUGCAGGACAGUCCCCGUGUGACAGCAGCCCCUGCACGCACCCCGUGCAUCGCUGUGCACGUGGCAGGAGGUGGGGGGGGGUGUGCAAAACCUGCUCUCCUGGGCUGUUGCUGCUUCUUACUCUGAUAAGUAAUGAAAAUUGCAAAUGAAAGGGAGUGGGGGGCAGCACCAGUCCCCCCCAGGGUUGUGACAAACCAAGGGACAUGGCGAACCCAAAUCAGUGAGGCUUGAGGGAACCUUUCCCCUCGACGGGCACCGAUCCUGCCGGCGAUGUUCCCCUCCCUGGUUAACACGAACAAGCCAUCCCUUUGCUCGGGCCUAAACCUAAUCCCUGCUUACCAGAGGUGAGGACUUUGGGGUCGGUUUAACUGCAGCUCUGAACAAAACGUGCCUUUACCAACACACACGCGGCCCCAGGAGACCCGGGCGCAGCCCAUGGUGAGGGCACGGGCGCAUCCAGAGCCUGGCCAGCACCUCCCUUGGGGCUCCUUCCAUGGGAAAGACCAAGAAAAACCAUCCCAGCCGGACCUGGGGGGCUGAUGGGGUGCAGGUACCGCGGGACGUAGCGUCUCCGUGCAGACGUGCUGCCCCCUCGGGCGAAGCCGGUUGUGCCAGCGCAAUUGCUGCGUGCACGGGGCUUUGAAGGGACCAGAAAACCUUGACACAGUAAAAAGCUGAACUCCUCAUUCAUCUUCCAGCCAAGGCGAGAUGUUUCCCCACUGGAUAAGCUCCACGCUCAGCCAGGCACGCAAAACGGCUUCUGCGCCUUUGCCGGGUAAUUAUUUCGGAGGGUAAUGGCUCUCCCCGGUCCCCGUUCAGCACACCGCCGCCGCUCACCAAGGCACUUCAGCAUGUGUUCAGGACCCAGCGAGAUCCCCAGGGGCCCUAAGCACAUGCUGAAACUUAAGUGCAGGCUUAAAUACUUUGCUGAAUUAGAGUCAUGAUCUGCUUUAAAUAUUUGGCUGCGGAGCCCCAGCCCUGCUCAGGUGUGCAACCAUCAGUGUUUGCAGACUCAGGGCCUAAAACAGCCUUUGUCCUCGGCCUUUUGUACAGCGGGGAAACUUAAAAUGCAAAAUACAUUCCCUGUGGUUCAGCUAAAUUGGUGCUGGAACAUGUGGAAAUAGUUGCUGAGAAAUUUCCCCAGCGUAAACACGUCCCUGAUUUAAUCCUGCUUGUCCCUGCGAUGCACGGGCUGAGCCCCGGGCAGCACCUGCAUCUCCCGUCCCCUCUGCCAUCCCACUCCCUGCAAAAAACAUCAUCAGUUCCCAAACAAAGCAAGGACAGAGCCCCUUAAAGGCAGUAAUUUUGUAGGUGUAGAGAAAAAGCCUCUUUGAUCACGGUUAUCGCAGCUGCUGCCACCACGCUGGGACGGGAGGUGAAGGUUCAGCCGCUGCCUGAAUUGUCUGCUCUCAUCUAAAAGCGAUGCCUGCAAACCAGAGAUUAAAAUGCAAGAUAUGUGCAAUUAAUUUGAUUUCCUUUGAAACCGGAGCGACCCGAGGAGCUCUACACAUCGCGUCCAGAGAGGGGCACCCACGGCUGCAGGACUCGUUUCCCAGUGGGUCCCCCCACACCGAGUGUCCCUGGGUGGGGGGUCCAGCCCAGCCUUCCCACGGGAGGGUGCUGGCGAAAUGACCCCCCCUGCCCCAAAACAGGAGCUUUGCUGUGAACCCCCCCUUCCUCAGAGGACAUCAGCUGAGGGCACCAUAGAUGCCUCAUACACUAUUUAUUGUCUUUAUUUAUUAUUAAAGCACCAACCAGUUUUCCUGGGCACCGUGCUGGAGGAAACGCUCCAUAAACCAUAAACCCUGGAUGGGGCAUGUGGGGCUGGAGCGGCUGUGGGCAGGGUCUCACCAGCACCGUCCCCUGUCAUAUCGGGGGACAAGGUCCCAUCUGCUUGGAGACCCUUCCUCCUGCAGAGGCCACAAGUGGGUGCACCCAAGGCAGGCGGCUGAAUUAAAGGCAGCCCUCGCUGGGGGAGGCAGGGGAGAUCCGAGCCCCCCCCCUGCCCCGCACAGGGGAGCGGUGCUCACGCUCCUCAUCGGGCAAAAAUGAACCUCGCCAGGUGAAUUAUAGCGGCUGCAAAGUUUUACGGGGCUCAUGAUUUGGACUCACAGCUGGUCGCAUGCCCGGAGGUUGGGUUCUGCAACUGGGGAGGCUUUGCUGGUGCACACGAGGGUGGUUUUGGGGUGCCGGGCAGGGGGAACGGGGCUUUUUAGGCACAGCAAAAUCUAAUUGCAUCUUAAGUUCCCUGCAAAAGCCCGGGCACCGAGGUGGGCUCACUCUGCGGGGUCUCAUCUCCCAGCCCAGAGAACAAGGAUGUGACAGGAACCAGAGAUGCAUCGGAAAGGGGGAAAGGAGCGUCUCACCCAGGAUGCUCUCGACUAGAGGGCUCUUUAAUCUGCCCCCCAAAGGCAUGGCAAGAGCCAGAGCAACUCACAUUAGAAACAAGAUGUUGGGAUUUUUUUUAAGUAGCAGAAGUAAUUAACCACUGAAGCAGCUUUACCGGUAGCGGGGGACAACAAUCUCCAUUUCCGCGCACCACGCAGGGAUGCAGCUCUCAAACAGAUGCUCUAGUGAAGAGGCUCCCAAAUUUUCUCAGGCCCAAGAGACUGUCACCAACACCUGCCAUCCCUCCUGGCUGCUGCCAGCCGAGCCCAGGGGUGCAGGGGGGAGCCCGAUGGGGCUGGGGGGGCUCCAUCACCUCCCGGUCCUCCCCCUCCAUCCGUCUGGGAUGUCAAAGCCUUGUUUGGGAAAUGCUUCUCCUCCAGCCUGUCCCAUCAGGUCUCACCCCCGGGCACUGGUUUCUCUCCCAUAAACCACUCUUCCUUAGCUGUUUGUCAGGUUUAAUUUCUCUUUUUUUUUUUUCUUUUCCUUUUUUUAUUACCUUCACUUUGAGGAUAGCAGUAAAAGUCCUCAUUUCUGCUGCUUCUGCCCUCUACCCCUCCUCCUCCUCUUUCUCCGUGCAAACAGCAUCGUGGAUCUCAUAUGCAACUGAGCUUCUCUCGACAAAGCCAAUCGAGAACAUUGCGUGCCAGGCUCUAUUUUAAGCACCUAAUAAAACUGAUUUUUGGAGCGGCUCCAUCAUUGUGUCCUUCUUUCGCAGAGCCCCCGCGCCUGCCGAGAGCCCCGUGGUGGAGAUGCCCCGUUCUCAGCACCCGUCUCUGGGCAGCAGGGCUGCCAGGCUGCCUGCACCAAAGGCUUUCAGGCUCUGGGAGGAGCGUGACAGGCAGAUAUUUAUUAGUUCGUUAGAGAAUCAAAGCAGGCCUCUCCUCCUCUCUCCAGCACUUCCUCAAAAAUGACUUAAAUUAAAACACCCGACCUCCCUGGGAAAUGUCAGCGGUGUUAUCCAUAUGCAUGAUGCCAUUAUGAUGAAGCAGGUGCAGCUUUCAAAACCUUUAGGAAAAUCUACCUGUCAAUCUCCACGGCAAGCAGCUCUCCUUCCAAAACUUCAUCACUUCUCCCCCUCCCUCCUUUACCACUGAUUUGCAGAUGGGGAAACUGAGGCAGGGAGCCACUUAGUGACUUAUGGCCCUUGGUCCCUUUCCAAGCACAUGCUGGGGUCAGAGACACACGCUUCUUUGGCCUCUCCAUCCAGAAGUCACCAAAGAAAGGAAGCAGCAGUGAAGGCAGGAGUCUCGGAGCAGAACUGAUUGCAGCUCAUUUGUUUCCCGUUGCCUUUUCCAGGUUUGGGAGCUGAAGCAGCUCCUGCCCCCUGCUAGAGCAGCCCGGCCGGACGAGUAAAUGGGUUCGAGCUGCGUUCAAGUGGGCAAUUGAGGCUAAAAUCAGGCUGAUGGAAAGCAGCGGGGCAGCAGAGGUGGCCCCAGGUCAGACUGGAGCUGUCUGAGGCUAGAAAAGCGCUGACCUCUCUGGGGGCUGGUUUGCAAUUAGCUGCUCUGCCUGCUUCCACAGCCCUGCCUGGCUGCUCCCAGCUCUUCCCUCUCUGCCAGGCAACAUUUUGGGAAGCCCGGCUCCCUUCCUGGUACUGGCUCCUCUCCCGGUGGCCCAACCAUCUACAGGGGAUGCUGUUGUGGAUGAGGCUGCAGCUUGAAUUGGUCCCAUGGCGCAGGGGGGCUCUGGAGGAGCGAGGACUUGGGGACGUGCGGCAGCAUCACGGGAGGCGUUGGUGGUGCCAAGGGAGCACGGAUACUGCAGGUCCUGGUGAGAGAUGGGUGCUC